AUGGUAAAUGUACUGGAGAAAGUAAGACUUAAUACAGUUGCUUUCUUUUUUUUUUUUUUCUUUUCUUUUUUCUUUUUUCUAUUGAAGGAAAGAAAAUAUAGUGAAGCACUUGGGAAGUGGGAAUCUGCUCUACUUUUGAUGCCAGAUCGUGCCAUUCUACAUGAACAGAAGGCUCAAAUUUUGCUUGAACUUGGAGAAACAUGGAAGGCGCUAAAAGCUGCUACUCGUGCAACUGAGUUGGAACCAAGCUGGGGUGAGGCGUGGGUCACCCUUGGUGGGGCACAGCUGAAUUACGGUGAGCCCGAUAGUGCUAUCGAAAGCUUAGACAGAGCACUAGCCAUCAAGGUAUAGAUUGAAUUUUGUUACUAAUGCUCACGCCUGCUUUCUCUUGGGGUCCUUUUUUCACUGAGAUGUUUCCUUGGUUGCUCCCUCGUGAGUAAAUGAAUGUUAUUUGAAUAAUACUCCAGUGUCAGCAUUACCUUUGUAUCUGGAGAACAAACUGUCUUAUGACAUUUAAGCAAUUGCCAAACUCUAUUGAUCUUGCUUUUGUCACAUCCUAGCUCUGAA